AUGUCGCAGCUUCUGUUGACAUUCAGGGAUGUGGCUGUGAACUUCACAUGGGAGGAGUGGGAAUGCCUGGACUCUGCUCAGAGGGCUUUGUACAUUGAUGUGAUGUUGGAGAAUUACAGCAACCUGGUCUUUGUGGAGAAGUAUUGCAAAUGUGAUUCUGUCCAUCACCAUGGGAAGGCUGAAAAGGAGUGUUGUCGUUGUAAUGUGCUUAGCAAAGUGCUUCAUGGCCCCUCCACGUGUGCACUUUAUAGAACAAGUGAAACUACGGACAACUACACAUGCAGUAACCACAGGGUUGCCUCUGUUGACUCAUCAAACCCAGGUAGACAUGAAAGCAUGCACACUGGAGAAGAACCUUGCCAAUCUAAAGACCGUGAGGAAUCUUUAAAUUUGUGUUCCAACAUUACUGAAGAUCAGAGAGUCAACACUGCAAAGAAAGAUCACAGGCAGGGAGAACAUGAUGACUCUUUCAGCUCUGCAUACAGGCUUUUGCAACAACCAAUCAGUAUCGGAGAGAAACCAUACGAGUGUGGGAUAUGCGGGAAAUGUUUCAGGACUGCCUCAUGCCUCAUUGAACAUGAGAGAAUUCAUACUGGAACUGAACCCUCCGAACUCAAUGCUUGUGAAAAAUCCUUUAACCAGUGUUCAAGUCCUACAGUACAUCAAAGUGUUCAUACUGGGGAGAAACAUUACAAAUGUAUGGAAUGUAACAAGUCUUUUACCCAGAGCUUACAACUUAAAGCACAUCAGAAAGUUCAUACUAGAAAGAAGCCUUGCAGUUCUCAGGAAUGUGGCAAAUCCUUUACCUGUUGCUCAGAUCUUAGAAGACAUGAGAGAAUUUAUACUGGACAGAGACCUUACAGAUGCUUAGAAUGUGGCAAGUCCUUUACCCAGGAAAUACAUCUUAGAACACAUCAGAGGGUUCAUACUGGAGAGAAACCUUACAAAUGUUUGCACUGUGACAAAUCCUUUACCUGGUACUCACAACUUAGAAACCAUCAGAGUGCUCACACUGAUGAAAAUGCUUACAAAUGUAUGGAAUGUGACAAGUCCUUUACACAUGACUCACAACUUAGAAACCAUCAGAGAGUUCAUACUGGAGAGAUAUAUUACAGUUGUCAGGAAUGUGACAAAUCCUUUACCAGUUGCUCAGAUCUUAGAAGACAUGAGAGAAUUCAUACCGGAGAGAGACCUUACAAAUGCAUGGAAUGUGAUAAGUCCUUUACCCGGGACACACAUCUUAGAACACAUCAGAGGGUUCAUACUGGGGAGAAACCUUACAAAUGUAUGGAAUGUGACAAGUCCUUUACCUGGAAUUCACAACUUCGAAGACAUCAGCAAAUUCACCCUGGGGGGAAAUCUUACAAAUCUAUAGAAAGUGACAAGUCCUUGAUCUGGAACUCAAAAGUUAGAACACAUCAGAGAGUUCAUACUAGAAAGAGACUUUACAGUUGUAAGAUAUGUAACAAAUCCUUUACCUGUUGCUCAGAUCUUACAAGACAUGAGAGAGUUCAUACUGGAGAGAGACCUUACAAAUGCAUGGAAUGUAAUAAGUCCUUUACUCGGGAAACACAUCUUAGAACACAUCAGAGGGUUCAUACUGGGGAGAAACCUUACAAAUGUAUUAAAUGUGACAAAUCCUUUACCUGGAACUCACAAUUUAGAAACCAUCAAAGUGUUCACAUUGAGGAACAACCUUACAAAUGUAGGAAAUGUGACAAGUCCUUUACCAAGCUGUCACUUCUUAUAGUACAUCAGAGAGUUCAUACUAGAAAGAGACCUUGCAGUCCUAAGGAAUCAGACAUUUUUUUUACCAGUGGCACAAAUCUUAGAAAACACCAGAGAGUUUAUACUAGGGAGAAACCUUACAAACAUUCACAUUGUGACAAGUCCUUUACCCGGGGCACACGUCUUAGAACAUACCAAAGACUUCAUACUGGAGAGAGACCUUAUUGAUGGGAGAUGUCAUUCUGUAAAUAUGUUUUUCAUGACACCUUAUAGUUGUAAGGAAUAUGACAAAUCUUUUACUAGGUCCAAACAUCAUAGAACCCAUCAGAAAAUUCAUAUUGGAAAGAAAAUUUCCAAAUGCAAAGACUGAUGUAUCCUAUUCCAUCUCACAUGUCUUAGGAAACAUUAGGAAAUUCAUACUAGA